CGCUUGAAUGGUGCGCAGUCCGUGCUGUUGCGGGAGGAACUCUUGGGUUGUUUCUGCUGAGCGUCAUGCGGGCUGGUUUCUCAAAAAAGGUCACAUAGGCGGGCAGGAAACCUCUUUGUAGGAGCGGCUGCUUCAAUUCUGACCGCUGUCUGGUGAAACAACUCAGGAGUGGAUAUGAACCAAGGAGUGGAGCAAAGUGAAAGGCAGGAGGACCUGACCAUACUGGUUUGUCAGGAGUCUGAUCUGCAUGAUGGACAGAUGAAGGCGGUAACUGUGGAGGACCAGAAGGUGCUGUUGGUCCGUACCAAGGGUCAGUACAGCGCAGUUGGAGGCAGGUGUACCCACUACAAUGCCCCACUCAUUAUGGGAACGCUGGUUGGAGACAGAGUGAGGUGUCCUAUUCAUGGAGCCUGCUUCAACGUGAAAACGGGAGACAUCGAGGACUAUCCAGGCCUGGACUGUCUGCCAACAUACAAGGUGAAGGUCCAAGAUGGCAAUGUUUAUGUUUCUGUUGACAAAAAGUCUUUGAAGUUGACCAAGAGGAUGAAAGAGAUGUGCACUGUUAAGCCUGACAUCAAACACAUCAUUCUGCUUGUGGGAGGAGGCCCUGCCUCGCUGGUAUGUGCCGAGACGCUUCGUCAGAACUGCUACCAGGGUCGCAUCAUCAUUGUUACCAAAGAUAGCCUCCCUCCGUUUGACAAACCCAAGCUAAGCAAAGCUAUGAAUGUGGAGAGCAGCAGCAUCCUCCUGCGGCAGCAUGACUUCUAUCAACAACACGGGAUAGAAAUGUGGAUGGAGAAAGAGGUGGUCUCUGUGAACUCGACUGAUAAAGUAGUGCAGAUGAGCGACGGCACCUCGCAGCGUUAUGAUCAGCUCCUCAUCUCAACAGGCUGCAGAGCGUGCCCUCUCCAGUGUCCUGGAUCAGAUUUGAAGGGGGUGCAUCUGCUGCAGAGUUAUGCAGACGCCAAAGAGAUUCACGCAUCAUCUCUCGGCAAGAGAGCUGUUGUAAUCGGAGCGUCCUUUAUAGGCAUGGAGGCAGCUUCCUACCUGUCGGACAAGGCUGCCAGCGUGGCUCUGGUGGGUCCCACCAAGUAUCCUUUUGAGAAGUCUCUGGGGCCGGAGAUUGGCAAGAUGACCAUGGAGAUGUUGGAGGAAAAAAAAGUGAAGUUUGUCAUGAACAACAAAGUGACAGAGAUCAGAGGAGAGAAUGGAAAGGUGAAGGAGGUGGUGCUGGCUGAUGGUACUGUCUUGGAAGCUGAUGUGGUAGUUGCAGGAAUUGGUGCAAUUCCCAAUUCAGACUUCCUAACAGGAAGUAACGUGGCAGUGGAUUCAAGAAAAGCAGUUGUUGUUGACAAGUUCAUGAGGACCAAUGUAGCAGAUGUCUUCAGCGCUGGAGAUGUCGCCUCCUUCCCUCUGACCAUUCGUGGGGACCAGCGGGUCAAUAUCGGUCACUGGCAGAUGUCCCACGCUCACGGAAGAGUUGCAGCUCUGAACAUGCUGAAUAAACCAACAACAAUUGAGUCAGUUCCUUUUUUCUGGUCUGCAUUGGCUGGAAAGAGCAUCAGAUACGCAGGUUAUGGUGAGGGCUACACAGAAAUCAUAAUUAAAGGCAAACUGGAAGAACGGAAAUUUGUGGCCUUAUACAUAAAGGACGAGGUGGUGGUUGCUGCUGCCAGCAUGGCGUUCGAGCCCGCCGUGUCUCGUGUUGCAGACCUGCUGGAUCAAGGCAGAGCCAUAACAAAGACUCAGGCUCAAUCUGAAGACCUGAGCUGGCUGGGGAUGUAACUGGUUGUCAUCAGGAGCAAUCGAUGAUGUUGUCUCCAUCUCUUUUUUUUCUGUCUUUCUCUACAUUGCCUACAUUGAUCUGUCCAUUUACAGCCGCAGUCGUGGCGGUAAACUAAUCAAAUUGUUGUUCUUUUCUUAUUAUGUCGUGCUGUUACCAUAGCAGCAGCAAAAUCUUUAAUGUGUUUGUUGAUCGUGCAGACUGAAUGAUUUAAUUUCCCUGUAAUCACCAUAGAAUAGAAUAGAAUAGAAUAGAAUAUACUUUAUUGAUCCCCAAGAGGAAAUUGUGUUUUUGUUGAAAGCUACUCCAUCUCAGGUAAUAAAUACAAAGUUUGUAAUAUAUAUGUAUAUAUAUUAUAUAUAUAUACCCUAAGAGUGAUAAUUUCAAAAUGACUAGAUAAACAAAUAAAUAACAAGCAAUCACAUGCAAUAUAUUAAUCAAUAAAUAACCUAUAAAUGAGCGCAGAAAAUUUUUUAAUCAACUAGCACAGACGUGGGCAUUGUAAAGCCUGAUAGCAACAGGGAGAAAUGACUUCCUGUGGUGCACUUUGGCAAAAUGAGGGCAAUAGGGUAGCAACAGUCUCUGUGUGUUUCACUGUUAAUUGUGUGGUGUUUGACAUCUUCACUGUGUGAUACGCUUUGUUUGACUAAUUAAGUGCAAUUAAACUGGUUUCAGUUUAUCAGGAUGCAUCAGAGGCUCAUUAAGGUGCUUUAAGUGUGAUUCUAAAAAACACACUGUUAUUAUUUUUGCUUGAUCUGAUUAUGUUGUUCAGUUAAGUCUUUGGUGCUGGUCAUUUUCUACCUUUAAAAAUCAAAAAUAGAUAUGUAUCUCUAUCUAUGGCGAUUAUUUUUGCCAUAUGUAGCCUAAAAUACGUAGCCUAAAUUUUCACUGACUGCCCAGCUGGCAUUUACAAGAGCAGCUCCUUAUCAGAAUGUUUACUGAAAACAAAAUGAAGGUUGUGACAUUUUUCUGCUUCUAAUAAAAAAGUACCUGAUACCAAA